AUGAUAUCUACUAAUGGCUAUGUAGAAUACGCUGAAAAGCCGGGAGCAAAGUGUCCAUUGAAUGUUUGUUGUUCUGAAUUUGGAUUCUGUGGCACGACUGAGGAGUUUUGUGGAAGUGGGUGCCAGAGUGGGUGUGACCCAGUCAAUCAACCAUCUUGUUCCGGAAGCUCAAGCGAAGCCGUCUAUAUUGGCUACUACGAAGGAUGGAACCCCAACCGACCUUGCGAUGUUGUACUGCCGGAGAAUAUCAAUGUCAAUCCAUGGACUCACCUAUACUACUCCUUUGCCGGAAUCGACUCAUCUGAUUUUACUAUCACCACCACCAAUGACAACGAUAUAGAAUAUUGGCCUAAAUUCAAUGCCUUGAAGAAGAAGAAGCCUUCGCUCAAGACAUACAUUUCUGUGGGUGGCUGGGACGUUGGGGGAAAGGUAUUUUCUGAUAUGGUGCGGUUUCCUGGCACACGCAAAGCAUUUAUAGAUUCUUCCAUCUCAAUGAUGACCGAGUAUGGUUUCGAUGGCAUAGACAUCGAUUGGGAAUACCCUGCAGCCGACGACCGUGGUGGUGCCCCAAGAGAUACUGCCAAUCUCGUGACGUUUCUUUCUGAGCUCAAAAAUGCAGUGGGUACAAAGUUUGGCCUGACAAUAACCUUACCAUCUUCAUAUUGGUAUUUAAAAGGAUUUGAUCUCCCCGGAAUUGCUAAAUACGUUGAAUCGUUCAACUUCAUGGCUUAUGACAUCCACGGAACUUGGGAUGGUACAAGUAAAUGGACGAGUUCCGUUGUCAAUCCCCAUACAAACUUGACAGAAAUUUCUGCUGGACUUGACCUUUUGUGGCGCAACAACAUUGAUCCCAGCAAGGUCUUGCUUGGUCUGGGCUUCUACGGUCGCUCCUUUACAUUGGCCGAUUCAUCUUGCACUGAACCUGGAUGUGAUUUCUACACAAAGAACAAUCACACUGGAGGAGCUGUGGCUGGGACAUGUACUGGGACUAGCGGCUUCCUGUCGGACUACGAAAUAAAUCGUAUCAUAGACGGCUUUUCGGGCAACAUCAACUACGACGAGACUGCUGGUGUGAAUUGGAUGACUUGGAGUGGAGAUCAAUGGGUCUCAUUCGAUGACGGCCGUACACUCAAACAAAAAGCCGACUUCGCCAAUAGCAAAUGUUUAGGUGGACUGUUCAGCUGGGCUCUUGACCUUGGUGGCCCUGGUUCACUCAAGAACCCCAAUGAGUUGACUGCAGACGAUACUGGCAUGGGUGGAGCCAAGGCUGAGGGAGGCAGUGACGGAACUGGUCUUCUCUAUGUAGGCCAGGAGGUAUUGGGUGAUUCACCUAUUUUUACCGCCAUUGCUCCUGUCAGUGUCAUCUUUCCCAAGUCAGUUCUCAAAUCUCCUACGACCAUUGAUCUGGGAGGUGGUUAUCCUACCUCCCUGGAGGUUGCAUGGAGUACUACCAAAACUGUCACUGUCAGCGGCGUCACGACCGUCACUUCCACUAUCACUCGACAUAUUAUGUCUACUACGAUCCCUCUGAAACCAAUCACCACGAACACCAUCAACUAUUAUAAUUGGAAUAUCAGCGAUGUUGUCACUUCCAGUGUCGGAACUCUCAUCCCGAGUAUUGAGAUUGCGCCAGUUGUGGUUACAGAUGAUCCGAACCCGCUGAAAGAGUCCGGCGUAACUCAUCUGCCUCUUGUGACUCGCACCGUUAGUAUUCCCCCGUGGCCUUGGACUACCGAUGGCACCAAGUUUCCCACCGUCACGUUCAAAGAAGGAAGUCCCCCGGGACCGACCUGCACCGCCAAUUGCGGUCAUAAAUGCUAUAGCUUCUGCGAUGGACCUUGCCUCGUCGAUUGCGGCAAAGAAAGCUCAUCUAGCUUUAUUGAUCCCCUUGAUAAGAACCCUCCCUCGUUUAGCAAAUGCUCCGGUCCGGGAUGUAUCAACGGCAAAUGUACCGGAGACGGUCUCUGCAUCGAGAAGGGUUGCACUGGCACUGACUGCAAAAGUCGCAUUUGUGUGGGUGAUGAUUGUAUCCCCACGGCAUGCACGGGCAAAAACUGCGAUGACGGGCAUUGCUCUGGAAAAGAUUGCCAGGAUCAUGGGUGCAUUGGAAAGGAUUGCAAUGGCGACGACGACAAUAACAACGAUGACGACGACGACAGCGGUGGUGGUGGCGGCGGUGGGGGAGUCGCCGGCCUGUGUUUCGGACCUCGAUGCCUCUCAUGGGGAUGCAUAGGUCCUGCCUGCUCCAAGACUGACUUCACCUGUACCGGUCCGCGGUGUCGCGUUGUAAUCUGCUCUGGUCGUGGUUGUUCCAAUGGUGUUUGUACUGGCAAAGGCUGUCAAUCCGAGGAUUCGGACUGCGAGGGAGAAGAGGCAGACUCUUGUACUGCGUAUAUAUCCAGUACUCUAGUCACGCCAGUUUCGACUUAUUCAACAAAGACUGUGACCACUCGCUGUCAAACCAUCACUGCUUGUGCUGCAACUCCGACCACAACAACCCGUACUGUUGACAAGGAUGGGUUGAUGGAAGGCACAAUAUCAAACAUUGGCAUCAGUGUUCCUUAUGAAUCAGACCUUGCAAGUCAGCUACUUGAUCAGCUGGAUAGUUUCUAUUCAUCGGCAUUUAGCACAACAACCAGUACCACCACCAGCAAACCCACGACCACGACGAAAACUUCGGCUCCGCCUGCUCCCACCGAAACCGAUUACAACUGCGCUGGCUCUGGCCGAUGCAAGACAUUUGCUAACCUGCACAAAUUCUGUGACAUGGCCAAAAGCUUCCUCACGGAGACUACUGUAUACGGGGCAAGCAGCUCACCCAGACGCAGAACCACGGGCAAUGGCAUCAACAGCGGGACUUGUUACACGGACGGCAAGAAUGCCGGCAUUGGCUGUGGGGUUUUCGUCAAAGGUGCCAAUUGCGAGAUGACUGGCAAGCAGAUAGCAGCUGCCUACGACCAUAUCUUCCAGGAGACGGGUGGAGACUGCAAGAUAUGCGGACGAGCAUUCUUUCCAGAGGGUUGCAGGGUGCAUGUUGACUACGUGACCGAUUGCAAAACGUCGAACAGCCUUUUAGAGUCGUUUGCUGGGAACGGGACCGAUAUCAGCAGCGAUUCCGGGGUGACUGCGGUGGGAUCAUCAAGGCUUGUAUAG